CCCUCUUUUCAAUUCUCAGGGUUUCAUUUUUUUGUUUUUUGAGGGAUCAAUUUGAAUUUGACUAAAUUUCAUUUUUAUUUUCCUCUCAUUUUCAACUUCCCCAAUUCAUUUUCGGACCCUCUGGAUCUAACCCUUGUCUGAGAAAUUUUCAAGAUUUUAUUCUUUUUGUUCAUUUGGUAUUGUGGAUUGUAAUAGUUGAUUAAUUUGAUUGCUAUGGAUGAUAAUUUUCACAGGCAAGGGCUAGUGGCACAUGCUCCUCCUCCUGGACACUUCUCACGGUUGGAAAACAGAAGGGCUGAAGACGAUCUUUAUUUGAGAAAGAGAGUGAGGAUGAGAAGGUGGCUGUGCUGCACCUGUCAAGUAGAGGAGUCCUACCCAUCAAAUGAAACCGAGCACCUUAAAAACCCUGCAACUCAUGCUGAUGGAUAUCAGAACGGGUCAAGAGUACCAGGUCCUGCCAAGGCUGAAGCAGAAAAAGCAAUACCAACUAUAGAGGUCCCAGCAUUAUCUUUGGAUGAACUGAAAGAGGAAACUGACAAUUUUGGAUCAAAAGCAUUAAUUGGUGAAGGUUCUUAUGGGAGAGUAUACUAUGCUAAUCUAAGCAAUGAAAAAGCUGUUGCCGUGAAAAAGCUUGAUGUUUCAUCCGAGCCUGAGACUAAUGUUGACUUCUUGACUCAGCUUGCUAGAGUUUCAAGAUUGAAGCAUGGCAAUCUUGUUGAGUUGCUUGGUUACUGUGUUGAAGGAAACAUUCGUGUAUUAGCGUAUGAAUUCGCAACGAUGGGGUCCUUGCAUGAUAUUUUGCACGGAAGGAAAGGAGUACAAGGGGCGCAGCCGGGGCCAACACUUGAUUGGAUGCAGCGGGUAAAGAUUGCUGUUGAUGCCGCAAGGGGACUCGAGUAUUUGCAUGAGAAGGUCCAACCUUCAAUAAUACACAGGGAUAUAAGAUCAAGCAAUGUACUCCUAUUCGAAGACUACAAAGCAAAGAUUGCAGAUUUUAACCUGUCAAAUCAGGCUCCUGAUAUGGCUGCUCGCCUUCAUUCUACUCGAGUUUUAGGAACAUUUGGCUAUCAUGCACCGGAAUAUGCUAUGACUGGACAAUUGACACAGAAGAGUGAUGUGUAUAGCUUUGGGGUGGUCUUGCUUGAACUUUUGACCGGAAGAAAACCCGUAGACCAUACAAUGCCUCGAGGACAGCAGAGCCUUGUUACUUGGGCUACCCCGAGACUGAGUGAAGAUAAAGUCCAGCAAUGUGUCGAUCCAAAGCUGAAAGGAUAUCCUCAGAAAGCAGUGGCUAAGAUGGCAGCUGUGGCAGCGCUGUGCGUGCAAUACGAGUCUGAGUUUCGUCCGAAUAUGAGUAUUGUUGUCAAAGCUCUCCAACCACUGUUGAAGGCUCCUCCUGCACCUGCUCCAGAAAUAUAAGGAGCAUAUCGUCACUUUGCUUGUUUUGGAUUCUCAACUGAUAAUUUGCACUGUUUUGGUAUAUCAUGCCAGUAUUUCAUUUGUAACAUGACAUAAAAAUAAGACUUACUUCAAAAUUUUCCCCGUAUUUGAAAGUGGUGUGUAUGAUUGAUUGCUUAACUUCCAUGGUGAGAUUGUUGAGGAUUUCCUGAGACUGAGGGUUGUCUAUAAUUUUUUUAUUAAAAAAAACGGAUUCUGUCCUGUCAAUUUGUGUAUUAUAUUUGUACUCAUUGGUAUUGUAUUAUAUUUAUAACGAUAUGAUUUAUACUAUUCAGAUUGGACCUCUAA